UUCACGUUUGGCAUUAAAUUUGGUGCUGUGCGUGUGAUUUCACUUACCCAAACACGCGUACAUUUAGAUGUGGUAGCACGGAUAACAAGCACAUGCUUUUGAACACAAGGAAACACAGCAGUGGUGAUCUUCUAAGUCGACUGAAGACAAGAAAAAUAUUAGGAGUAGGAGAAACUGAUAAUGGAGACGUUCACAGAUCCAAGAUCAGCCAGGUGUUGGGUCACAAUGAGCAUCUGUACGUCAAAUUUCCAAAAGGAUACACUGUCUGGUAUUUCUCAAUGGCGAUAUUUUUCACUGUUUCAGGAGUAAUAAACUACUUACCAUCGAGUAACUUCUGUCAAGGGUCACCGAAGUCCAGCAUGGAUCAAGACCUAACUGGCCUUUCUAACAGGUUUUAUGGAGCAUCACAAUUAGCUUUUGCCACACUCUUCUGGUGUUUUUGGGAUACCACUGACAAAACUGUCGUUCGACGUCUGAUCGCAGCUGUCCAGUUGGCUCAUGUCUUGCAACUCAUAGCUGUCAUUCUGUACUCCUGGAAUGAAGACUGGAGAGGGAGUCGUCGACUUGGAAAUCUGGUGGUUCGAUUUCUUGCCGCUUGCCUCAACGGUUACUUUUACAGAGCAGUAGGGAGUAGUAAUGCAGGUAUACGGAAAUCAUUUUCCCUUAAAGACCUCAGUGACAGUGAAAUUAAGCGUCAGCCUUGUGAAACUGAAGAAGAGGGUUCUUCUGUUGAUGGUAGUGAGAUACCAACAAAUAUUGACGACACAACUGAUGAGCUAUCCCCUGCUGAAAAGAAAACUAAGUAACAAUCUUCUUUUACACCUCUAGAGUAACGCAAGUCAAUCUAAUGGCAGUAAAAUACAUUGUAAUGUCCUGCUAUUAGAAAAUGUAUGCAAUAACCAAUUAUUCCUUGUUUUAAUAAAUGUCCAGGUGGGAAUACUUCUAUUAUUCCACAUUCAUAUUUGGUAAUAAACCAGAAAUGUGAAAAAAAAA